UCUAUAGUUGAUAUGAGAGGCGGAAUUAAGCGUCUGAGAACACUGUAAAAAAAAAAUACAACCAUAAGAAGAGAUGGCCGAGAAGAAGAAGAAGAAGAUAAUAGCUGGCCGAUAACAUUAUAGGAGAAGACUACCGGCGAUAAGUAAAAUUGAUAAGUGGCGUACAAACUCUAGUAGAAGGCCGGUAGAGAAGAAAGAAGAACCCACAGACAACUUUUUAUCCGAGCCUUCUGUCAUUUCUUCAUAGUCUAUAAUUAUUGAUGUAGCCAGGAUGUGUGGAAGAAACUGUCAUCUGCUUCUCAUGUAAUUCAACGGGCAAUAGUGUGACACUACAGCAGGAUGCCACCCAAGCCAAAGCAAGAAGCCAGUAUCAGCUCCCCCGGGAAUGUCUACCUUGUAUUCUACAAUGUUUUCCUAAGCCUGGGGUGGCUCAUAGUUCUCAUCCAGACCCUUCACCACUUGAUCUAUGAAGGCGGGAGCAUCAAAGGACUAUGGGAGAGCACGAGCACGGUCCUAAAGAUCUUCCAGACACUCGCUAUCAUGGAGGUCAUACAUGCAGCGGUGGGCCUUGUGCCAUCCAGCGUGGCCAUGGUGAUCCCUCAGGUCACCUCCCGCCUCGUCAUCCUCUGGCCCAUCCUCUGCACCGUUGACAAGACUCAUUCCAGCUUUGGUUUGCCAAUGCUGUUGAUUGCCUGGAGUGUGACAGAGGUUAUUAGAUAUGCUUACUACUUCCUCAGCAUUCUCAAGCAUGUUCCUUCCAUUCUCACCUUCCUAAGGUACACCUUGUUCAUCGUGUUGUACCCAGUGGGUGUGACUGGUGAGAUGCUGUGCCUGUAUGCUGCCCUGCCCACUGUGGCCAAGACAAAGGUCUACUCCAUUGCCAUGCCCAAUGCACUCAACUUCACCUUUGAUCUGCACUCAACUCUCAUCAUCUUUGCACUCCUCUAUAUUCCAGUGUUCCCGAUGCUGUACAUGCACAUGUUUGCCCAGAGAAAGAAGGUUUUGGGAGGCAAAUCCAAGAAGGAUUAGGAAGAAUGAUCCGUGCUUCAUGAGCUGGUGGAUCCUUCAAGAUUCUCAGUGAGUAGAAUAAUGUAAAAAAGAAAAAAGAAAAGAAAAAAAAAAGAAAAAAGAAAAGAAAAUGCCUACACAGCUUCUGGGAAAUAGGGUCAAGGAUGAUGAUUCUUGCAAAUCCUAUAAAGUUAAACAUUAACUGAUGGUUGAAAAUACUCAAGAAAUAUUUAGCAAUUGAGCACACAGUUGACUUGCAUGUCAACUCAGAAUGGCUGAAGAAAGAAAACCAUCAAAGCCAAAGAAAAUGAGUCACCAUUUGUGUUCAAGGUCCAUUAUUAAACAAAUGCCAGUA